AUGGAUCAAUACAUCGCAAAGGCUAUCCCUGCCAACUAUGGCUUCGUUCUCGGUGUCGGUCUCUCGUUCGGCCUGCUCAAUUUCUGGCAGACAACCCGAGUGGGUGCAGCGCGUAAGGCAUCAGGCAUCAAAUACCCCCAGACCUUUGUGUCUGAUGAACAGCUUCAAUCGUCCCCCGAAGCGCGCAAAUUUGCCUGUGCCAACCGUGCACAUCUGAACACGCUAGAACAAGCGCCCAUGCUCACUUAUGCUCUCCUUGUUGCUGGUCUGGCUGCACCCAGAGUUGCUUCCGCCUUUGGCCUGAUCAGUCUGGCCGGACGGGUCGUGUACACGCUCGGCUACCUCUCUGGCGAUCCUAAGUUGCGUCUCCGAGGCAGCUUCCACUAUAUCGGCCUCUUCGGGCUCUACAUCACCUCUUUCGUUGCAGUCUAUCAGAUCAUCAGCCAAGGAAUCUGA